AUGGAGGACCCAGAAGGCAAUUUGGCCAAGUUUGACGCCUUCAUAGACCCAUACAAAGAUGAUUUAAAGAAGCUCGAGGAGGGUGAGCAGAAGAUGGAGAUUCUCCGCCGCAUUAUCAAGAUGCGGAAUUACGAUAAAGUAGAUGCUUGCGAACUAAUUCGCUUGCCUCUGCGCCCGGUAGGAAAUAAUUCAUACGAGAAUAAUCACGACGGGGAGAAUGAUUUUGCUCCUUUGCCGGAAAAGUUCCGACGAAGGAUCGAAAACAUGAACGGGUCUAACCCGGUUUUGGUGAUUCAGAAAGAAUUAUUCAAAACCGACGUGAGUCCUCAUCGUGGCCGUUUGUCAAUGCCGGAAAGCCAAAUUCGCGAGGAAUUUUUUCUCUUUCAUGAAGAGCUGCAGCUGCCGGAGAUCAAGGGGACGUUGAUCGGGCCGUCGAGACAAUUCGAGUGCUGUGUGACCUUGAAGAAGUGGAACAUGGCCAAGAAAUCCGGCAGCGUCACGUCGAUAUACAAUUUGGUGUCUGGUUGGAACUCCUUCGUGUCGGCGAACCAUCUCCGGGAAGGCAUGGCAGUGCAGGUUUGGGCGUUCAGAAAGGAGUCGAAGCUCUGCUUUGCGCUGGUUAAAGUUGGUGGCGACGACGAAGAUGAAUGA